AUGAGCACCAGUACACGUUUCUUUGACAUCGACACAACCAUUAAUUUAUUGGUGGCACUUGCUGUCGUUACUGUGUCAGCUGAACAAUGUGCUGUUACAGCGCGUACUGAUUGUGGCUAUAUUGGAAUCACUCAAUCCGAAUGUAAAUCGCGACAAUGUUGUUGGGCACCAAGCACCACUGGGUGUGACUGUUACUAUCAAGCAGACCAAGUGCCCAUAUGGAAUACUAUAUCUGUGACUGAAAAUAUCAAUGUCAGCAGUGGUGUCAUUACGAUUUCAAUUAAUAUUUCAACUUCAAAUCGACAAGGUCAAUAUGGUGAAAUGCCUUCUCAAUUACAAGUGGACAUUACCACUGAAACUAACGAACGUGUCCGAAUCCGCAUAUUUGAUCCAAUGACUGAACGAUGGGAGAUUCCUCAGCGAUUAUUUCUACUACCAGGACCAAUUUCAGCACGGAAUCCAUCAUAUAAAGUUACUCAUAGUCAACUAAACCAAGAAUUCUCGGUUCAAAUCGUACGUAUAAGUGAUAGCGUUACUGUAUUUUCUACCGCUGACCUACAAUUUAGCGACCAAUUUUUACAAAUUUCUAAUGUGUACCCUAACUUAAAUGAUUCUGGGCAUAACAUAUAUGGGCUGGGAGAGAGAGUCGAGUCAUUUCGCUUACGGGUAGGAGAAACUUAUACUCUUUGGAAUCAAGAUCCCGGUGGAACUGAACCUUUCAUUAACUCAUAUGGUUCUCAUCCUUUCUAUUUGCAACUAAUCGACAAUGGUAAUGCACAUGGUACUUACUUACAUAACUCGAAUGGCAUGGAUGUGAUGGUACAAGACGAUCGUGUCACUUUUAAAACUGUCGGUGGUGUUUUAGAUUUAUUUGUUUUUACUGGUCCCAGUCCUCAUGAAGUUAUACAACAAUAUCAUCAUGUAAUUGGUCAUACUCAUUUUCCUCCCUAUUGGGCUUUGGGUUGGCAUCAAUGUCGUUGGGGCUAUACGAAUGUGGAGGAAGUAAAACAAGUCGUUGCUAAUUAUUCUGCAGCAGGUAUUCCAUUAGAUACUAUGUGGAACGAUAUUGAUUAUAUGAAUGCUCGACAGGAUUGGACUUGGGAUCCUGUUAACUAUCCUGAAGAUCAGAUGAAACAGUUUGUCGAACAGUUACACGCAAAUGGUCAACACUAUGUAGUGAUUGUAGAUCCAGCAAUUCACAAGUUAACUGGAUAUGGACCAUAUGACGAUGGUUUGAAACGUCGUAUUUUCAUUACUGAAGCAGAUGGAGAAACUCCAUUUACUGGAGAUUCAACUCCUGGUACAGCUACUUUCCCCGAUUUCACUGAUCCUGCUGCUCUUGAUUACUGGUCAGACUGGAUUGCCCACUUCUUGGCUGGCGUACCUUCAGAUGGAUUAUGGAUUGAUAUGAAUGAAGUCUAUAAUGCCAAUGACGGCGCGCCAACUAGUAAUUCUUCUUUCAAUAAUCCUCCAUAUCCUAUUAAUAAUCAUGGUAUUAAAGCUGGAUUAAAUUUUAGAACUUUAUCUAUGGAUGCUUUGCACUACGAUAAAGUAGCUGAAUAUAAUAUUCACAAUAUGUAUGGAUUAACUGAAUCUAUUGCAACACAUCGUGCAUUAGAAAAUAUUCGUGGUAAGCGUUCGUUUGUAUUAAGUCGAUCAACUUUCCCAUCUUCCGGAGUUCGCGUUGCCCAUUGGCUAGGUGAUAAUCAUUCCACUUGGGCUGAUUUGGCAGCUUCAAUUGCCGGCAUUCUUAAUAUGAAUAUGUUUGGUAUUCCUUUAUCGGGAGUUGAUAUUUGUGGUUUUAAUUAUGACACAACUGAGGAGUUAUGUAAUCGUUGGCAGGCAUUGGGAGCUUUUUAUCCUUUUACUCGUAAUCAUAAUAUACAAGGAGCCUUGCCACAAGAACCAUAUCGUUGGGCCUCAGUCACAGCAACUGCUAAGAAAACUUUAGCAGCACGUUAUUCUAUCCUACCUUAUUUAUACACUCAAUUCUAUUUAUCCAAUGCUUAUGGAGGUAUGGUAGCAAGACCAUUGUUCUUUGAUUUUCCAACUGAUUCUACAACAUGUGGAAUUGAUACACAAUAUUUAUUAGGCCCAGCAUUAUUAAUUUCUCCUGUAGUAAUUGAAGGUGCAACAUCGGUAAAUGCAUAUUUCCCCCCUGAAUCCAACUGGUAUGAGUUUUGGACUGGUAAACUACAGCAAUCGAAUGGUUAUCAAACACUGAAUACUUCAAUUGAACAUAUUCAAGUGCAUAUCAGAGGAGGUUCAAUCAUUCCUGGUCAACAGCCAGCACUCACUACUACCAUCGCACGUACUCAAUCUUACUUUUUAGUAGUUGCAUUAAACAUUACUAAUCAAGCUAGAGGCGAGUUGUUUAUUGAUGACGGAGAAUCACUUGACAUUGGUCAAGAAGCUGUUUUCAUCAGCUAUUUUGCGACUAAGAAUUGUGUUCAAUCUGAUGUUCUGCAAAACACUUAUACAUCGACUAUUCCAAGUAUGGAUCAAGUUCAAGUGUAUGGAGUUACCAUUCAACCUUCAGUUAAAGUCAAUGGACAAAGUUGGUCACAAUUCACUUAUGAUAGUAUAAACCAUAUUUUAGUGGUCAACGAUUUAGGUUUAUCAAUGAGUACAAACUUCCAAAUCACUUGGUAA